UCCUCCUCGUCAUUGUAGUUGAAAACCAGCACAAGCAGUCGUACCACAAACCGUACAAUGCUACAAACGUGUUUCAUUAAAUCCUGUUUCUAUAAAAGAUUUCUUAAUUUAUUUGUGCGGUCGACCAUUUUAAUUGAUAAUUAAAAAUAAUUAAUACGAUAAGCGGUUGUAUAAAGACCAAUAAUUGGAAUUAAAAAAAAAAUAGAGGUGGGAGACAAAUCACGACCUCAAUUACGACAGUGUCUUAAUUUGUAUUGCACGUUUUCAUAGUGUUUAAGUGCGUCAGAACUUAAGAAAGAGUUCUUCAUUCUUUGGAAAAUCCUUACGGAAGAGGAGAGAAAGACAAGAGAGAGAGACACAGAUAAAGGGAGAAAGAAAGAAAGACAAACAGAGACAGAGAGAAAGAUAUAACAUUAAUCCGAAAAGAGGGAAAAAUUUUACGAACGAAACCGUAUUUGCUCGAUCUUUCUCUCUCUCUCUCUCUCUCUCUCUCAUACACUUUCUCUCUCUCUCUUUCUCUCUCUCUUUCGCGCGCGUGCGAGAGAGAAAGAAAGAGGGUCUGUCGAAAGUGCCGUUUACCAUGUAGAAGAUUGUACUGCAGAUGGCUGUAAUUCAAAAUACUAGAACGAAAGUUUAAGAGGUAUUAUGGAACAAUUCCAUGAUAUAAGCGAUGAAAACUUAAACAUAAGUGAUGUCAUCGAAGUCAUCCAAACCACCGACCCUGGUUUUGUGGAAUCUAACGGGCAGGUGGAUCAAGAAAUGGUCGAAAUGGGUGGAGCGCGGUUGGCUCAGCCCUAUGUGGAAAUAGUAGAACAACCUGCAAGCAAAGCUUUGCGUUUUCGUUAUGAAUGCGAAGGUAGAUCUGCAGGUAGUAUACCUGGAGCAAACAGUUCACCAGAAAACAAAACUUUUCCUACUAUAAGAAUAGUAGGCUAUAAAGGUCGAGCUGUGGUAGUAGUAUCUUGUGUAACAAAAGAUUUACCAUACAGACCUCACCCUCAUAACCUUGUUGGAAAAGAAAUAUGUAAACGAGGAGUCUGUACACUUGAAAUUUCAUCUGAAAAUAUGACAGUUACCUUUGCUAAUUUAGGUAUUCAGUGUGUCAAAAAAAAAGACAUAGAAGAGGCACUUAAAAUUAGGGAAGAAAUUCGUGUCGAUCCUUUUAGAACUGGUUUCGAACACAAAAAACAGCCUACCAGCAUUGAUCUCAAUGCAGUAAGACUGUGUUUCCAAGUUUUUUUAGAAGGAUCACAAAAAGGAAAAUUCACUCAUCCAUUAACACCUGUAGUAUCAGAUCCUAUUUUUGAUAAAAAGGCAAUGUCUGAUCUUGUGAUCAACAAGUUAAGUCAUUGUAAUGCUCCUGUUGCUGGUGGUAUGGGGAUGAUUCUUUUAUGUGAAAAAGUGGCAAAAGAAGAUAUUCAAAUUAGAUUUUUUGAAGAAAAAGAUGGACACGUUACAUGGGAAGGAUUUGGAGAUUUUCAACCAUCUCAAGUACAUAAGCAGACAGCAAUCGCUUUUCGGACGCCUAGUUACUGUACACAAGAAAUAGAACAACCAGUACAAGUUUAUAUCCAAUUGAAGAGGCCAUCAGACGGUGUGACAAGUGAUCCAUUACCAUUUGAGAUGUUACCAUUAGGUACAGAUGAUCGUGAUUCGUUCAGGCGAAAGAGACAAAAAUUUAAUAACAGCCCAAAAGCGAUAGUCUUGAAACAUAUACAGGCAGAAGCUGAAAAUAAUCAAAUACACUUAUGUAUAGGAAAUACAGAUGCUGCAGCGACUUAUCAACCUAUGCAGUACUUCAAUAUUAUAAAACCAGAACCAAUGGAAGCAGUACCACCAUUUGGAGGUAUUGUUACAACUAAAGGAUCUUUUUCGUUACAUUCUAUGGGCACAUCAUCUCAACCUCAAUCUAAUAUGCAAACACUAAGACCUCAAGUAUCACCAGGUAGAACUCCAUCACCUAUGGAAUAUAAUCCAUAUACUUCACCUGUAAUGCAACCACACCUGUCACCUCAAUAUCAACCAUCAACCUCUAAUGUAACACAGCAACCCUCAGUUGGAAUACAUGUACCACAACAAUGUUCGUUUUUACAAGAAAAUAAUUUGCAAGAUGCAGAACAGUUGAUAGCGCUAAACAAAAUCACUUCAGAACAACAAAAUACUGGUUUGCAACCUAUAUAUAAUAAUGAUAACCUAGAAAAAAUAGAUAUGACUACUGGUUUAAGCAUCGAUAGCCAGCAGUAUUUUGAUCUGAGUUUAAAUUCAGCAGAUUUAGCAGAAUUCUCAGUUUUUGAUAAUACUUUGUCCACAAAUUUAUUAAGUGGACUAUCUAUAUCAGAAUAUACAAAGGAUGGAACAAGCGAAAAUGCAAAUUUGGAAGCAAACUGUGUUGGAGAUAACAACACCAUGACCGAUAGUUACACUAACUUAACAAAAAAUACAAUUCAAGAAUUAUGUAGUUUAAAUGAUAUAUAUAAACCUACUAGGAGCCAUGACAAUUAAACAGUUCCGCAUUUGUUGGAAAUCUACUUGUAAAAAUUUGAUGAUAUUUCUGCAUGGUAUGAAGUUGUAUUAUGUGUAUAUAAAUAUUAUCUUUUUAUAAUUAAAAUCAUGGUAUUAUGCAAUAAUAUUGUAGAUAUUCCAAGUCUUUCUUAUUUACUGAUUAUUACACUGAUUUUAAUAUACUAACAUAAUAAUGUAAAGUUUAUUAAUUGUGAAUUCAACUAUGAUAAAAAAAUAAUUUUUAGCAAUUUUUUAAUUUUCAAUAUAUGCUCGAUAUCAUGCGUAAUAUGAGUGUGUGUGUAUGUGCGUGUGUAUGUGUAAAAAUUAUUUUAGUAAUUAAAAAAAAAUCUACAGCUGUGAUGAAAUUACAAUGAAAGUAAGAAUUUGUACAGAUACAUAUUUUUUUUAAUUAAUGUUCUUUAUAACUGGAAUAAAAAUUGUUAUGAAUAUAUAGAAAUUUGUAUUACUAAAGAAAAGAUAAAUUUAAGAAAAGAAAAUCAUAGUUACAUUAAAGAUAAGUUACAUACACAUGUUAUACAACGAUUGAUUGCAGAAAAUAAAUAUUUUAUUAAAAAAAAAUAAAAGAAAAAAACGAAUAGACAUGCUCAACAUAAUAGUACAUGCAGAAAUGUAUGCGAUGUUUAAUUAUGCAAUUACAUUAAGCGUGAAAACAACUUGUAACAGUUCCAAGAAGUAUAAUCUAUCAGUUAACAUAUGAUUAUCAUUUGUCAAUAACACAAUUACAAUCUUUUCAUAUAUAGAAAACAAAAAUUUGUUACAUAUAGAAAAAUAUUUUUAUAAAUAUACGUAUUAUGUUUUUUUGAUACGUAAACAUAUGCAUACAUUACACAUUUUCAAUUUGUUUUUUAUUUUUGUAUAAUUUAAAUAAUUAUAUUAAUAAUGUAAAUUAAAAAAGGUUUAGUUAAUUUUUUUCGUCGAAAUAAAUUGCAAUGUUUAAUAAUUUUAUAAAAAUCAUUAUAAAAAGAAAUUUAUACUCUGCUGUUGUUGCUAUAUUAACUUAGAAUAAAUUAUAUCUUUCAUGUUAUACAUGGUGUAAUGUAUCUCAAUAAUGUUUUAUUAUAUUAUCGUGUAUAUGGAAAAAGAAAUGAAGAUUAUAUAUAUAUAUAUAAAUUUGGAUUAUAUAUACAAUUAUUUACCAUUUUUGUAUACUUGUACGUACGAAUUAUAAGUAUCACAUAAUCUGAAAGACGUCUUAUUUUUUAAUAAUUAACUAUCAAUAAUUAUUGCAGUGUAUUGAAUUGUACCUCAUUUCAUUACAUUGUUCAGUCUCAGAAGCAAACUUAUUAACACUAUCAUCAUAAUAUAGUGCAGUUUACACAAGUAGACGAGGACAAUGAACGUUCUUUAAAACGUUUUAUAUUUAAAAAUGUGUAUAAAAAAUUAUACUUACAUACUAUAUAAUUUUAAAAAUAUUAUACGCGAUGAAUAUUAUAUUCUACGUGUGAUAUGGAUUUCAAAUAAUGAUAUGGAAGUAAGAAGUAAUGUCCAAUAAUGAUCGAUUUAUAAUUUUUUUUUAUUUUUCAUAAAUAUACCGAUAGAAAAAUAACAUCAUGUAAAUAUUUUUUAAUCUAAAUGGGAAGAGAUAUUCUCCUUCACACAUUAGUGAAGAAUAAAAAGGUACAUCUGUAAUGUUUUUCAAAAUGUAUUUACUUAAAAAUACAAUGAAAGUUUCAAAUCUGAUGGAAUGGGCAGAAAAUGUAGUCUGUGGUGUCGGUUACUGUUACGUCGAGAGAGAGAGAGAGAGAGAGAGAGAGAAAGAGAGAGAGGAGAGAGAGAGAGAUAGAAAGGGGGGAAGAGAGAUGAUGCGAUGGUAUCCUGUACAAAAGUAGUUUGAACAAGAUUUAUGAACACACAAACCAAAUUCUUAGCCUAAGACUUCGUUUACGUUUAAAUCUUAAAGAUGUGUAUCGUUACCAGAUUUUAUUUCAAAAUUCUGUGUUUGUUUUUUAUUUUUAUUUUCUUGCUUUUUUUUCUUUUUUUCUUUUUUUGUUUAUCAUCUUCAUGCUUACCUAACAAACGUAGGGAUGUAACGGUUAUCUGGGCAUGUUCAGCCUGAUUGAUUUUAAGACCCGUUAGCACCAGUAAAGUUUAAUUUUCUGAAUUGCGUUGUAUACUCGAGCAGAGAACAAAAUGUAUCGUUUAUAUUCUCUAGCUUCAUGUAGUACAUAACGCAAGUCUUUUUUUUUUUCUUUUUUCUUUUUUUCCUUUUUUUCUGAUCGUGUUGCAAACGGGGCUUGACAUUUCAUUAUAUUAAUAAAAUUAAAUAGACCUAUACUUAUAGUGUACGUAUAGUAUACUAUGAAUGCUAAAGUACUCAGUUUUCUCUUUUCUCAGGCAUUCCAUACUUUAAGAUAGUUCUUUGUCAACAAUUAGAGACAAGGUACUAUCUUGAAGCAAGCACGUGUACAUUACAGUAGCAGUUUUGUGUAUAAAACUGUAGUUGUGUUUUGUUAACAGAGAGAAACUGCCAGAAAUGGUAUGGCCCGUAUAUUAAUAAUAAAGAAUCAGCCAGGCGAUCUUUUACAUAUCGUGUGCUCCUUUGAGUGCGUUCGUGCCUCAUUUCACACCUUUUUUAUUCUUCUUUUCCUGUUUUUUUCUCAUUGAUCUUUCAUAGGUCUAGGAUAUAACACGCACGCACGCACACACAUAAUACACACGAUCGCACUUACAAUCGUGCACAAGAAUAUAAGCACGAAAGACACGGUCCAGUCCAUCUCCUUAGGUUUCAUACAGCCAAUUCUUUUUCUUUCACGGUCAUAUGAGACACGGCAGUCUAUAAAACCGCGAUCAUUCUUUUUAUAAUUUUUUCUUUAUUAUUAUUAUUAUUAUUUAUUAUUAUUAUUAUUAUUAUUAUUAUUAUUAUUAUUAUUAUUAUUAUUCCCUUAUUUUUAUUAUUUUUUUUUUUAUUCAGAUAUUAAAACCCAUUGCUACUUCACGAGAACGAAUUGAUUUAUCCGAUCUAACUGUGUUUUUAUUUAACUACCUCAUUCGAAAAUAUUUGUACAUUAAAACGUGGGACAUCGUCUCGCAUUCAAAUUAUCGUUAUCUUUAUUUAAUUAUUAUGCAGCUAUGGUACAAUGGUAUCGUAACCGCAAUGUCUCUUCACCCUUCUUCUUCAUUUUCUUCUUCUUCUUCUUCUUCUUGUUUAACAGUCUCCAAAAAAAAUAAGUGACAGCAUAGACGUAUCUUUGUUUGCAACUGAUCCACUAACUCUUAAUACUAAAUGUAUAAGAGCAUCGUCGUCGCUUUUUGACUGUCGGUGUAACUAAGUGAAUCAUCUUUAUCAAGUAUAAAGAAUGAUCCCUGUAUUAAAGCGGCGUUUGACAGAUCUUUUUUUUUGCGGCUACAUAUUAAUAAUGUGUCACCGUUAAGAUACCGAUCGUAAUGAAUGAAAAGGAAUCACUAGGAAUACCCCAUCACUUGUUCUCUGCGACAGUCAACGAAAAUCACUGCUAUGAGUAGCCCACGACAAUGAAAUCGAAGUAAAACCACAGUACACAAAAAUACAAUUGAAUACGUUCAAAUGAGAGAGAGAGAGAAAGAAAGAGAUAGAGAGAAAGAGAGAGAGAGAGAGAGAGAGAGAGAGAGAGAGAGAGAGAGAACACUGGAA